GUCCCGUUACCGCGGAACAGUAGAUCGCCAUCUCCGACUUGGAUCACUCUCUCGCCUCUUCAAGCAUCUAUCCCUGCUUCCCCCCAUAUCCUCUUUUCUUUCCCCCCCCCUCCAUGUCGCCAUGAACAGCUAUCGAGGACGAUCAAGAAAAUGUUCCCUCUGGGACACCAAGAUCUCGGAUCUUUUCUGGCCUGUAGCACUGCUCCCAGGCCUUGUCUCCGCUUAUCAGCCCGUAUACUUCGGCUCCCGACAACAGUCGCCCUUUCUUCCCCCUCAGAUCCCUUUAGCGAAUUCACCAUCGCUAUCCGGGACCCAUGAGUUUACACUUCGCCACUUAUUCCAUCGAGGGACGCAUCAAGACUCCAAUCUCCACCUAAGGCUGGACAUCCAGCCAGAGACCCGUCUUCGGGCCGUCUCAGAGGAUGGCCUUGAAUCCGAAUCUGUUGCCGUCAAUACCCCGCUGCUUGCAACUUCCGAGCCACUCACCAUCCAACGGCUGGCCGAUCGACGACUUUCAGUUAUCGAUGAUUAUCUAUUAGCCGCCAGGUCCUCAGGAUCGGCGGUGGCUUUAUCACCAGAAGCCUGGGUCAUGGAUACGCUGGCCGGUCCCAACGUUACAGAUAAAAACACAGUGAUUACGAUGGCAAAGAUGACCGCAAACGAUUAUAUAGAAGAGCCAGGUACGGGUGAAUGGCAAGAUAUACAUGGUCGCUUUAAUCAUUCCGGGAGUUUUGGGUGGCAGGGUGACGGGCUGCGAGGGCAUGUCUACGCCGACCAGACAAACAGUACUGUCGUCAUUUCUAUCAAAGGCACAUCGCCGGCGGUUUUCGACGGAGAGGGUACCACCACAAAUGAUAAGCUCAACGAUAAUCUUAUGUUCAGCUGCUGUUGUGGGCAGGGAGGUUCAUAUCUCUGGCGCCAGGUGUGCGACUGCCAGACAUCGUUGUAUACGGCCAAUCUCACGUGCAUCGUCGAGGCGAUGCAGGACGAAAAUCGAUACUACCGUGCUUCGCUGGACCUCUACUCAAACGUGAUCGACAUGUACCCAGAUGCCAACAUCUGGCUAGCAGGCCAUUCUUUGGGUGGCGCCGUGGCCAGCUUACUAGGCCUGACGGUCGGCGUACCAGCGGUCACUUUUGAGGCCGUGCCAGAAGCCCUACCUGCCGCUCGCCUUGGUCUUCCCAGCCCUCCAGGUCAUGAUGCACGAUUCCCUCAGUCGCGCAAGUUUACCGGGUCUUACCACUUCGGCCACACUGCAGACCCUGUGUACAUGGGGACCUGCAACGGCGUUAGUUCCGUAUGCACAUGGGGUGGUUAUGCCAUGGAGUCUGCAUGUCAUACGGGUCAGAUGUGUGUUUAUGACACCGUGGAAGACAAAGGCUGGCGUGUCGGGAUGACCAGACACCGCAUUCAGUUCAUUAUCUCUAACGUUCUUGAGGAUUAUGAUGAUUUGCCGCCUUGCGCCCCUGAGGAAGAAUGCUAUGAUUGCGAACUCUGGAAGUUCUUCCGCAGUAACGGCUCCGAGAUCACCACCACGACGACUACGGCCACGUCCACGUCGACUUCCUUCUCCAGUACCCGCACAUCGACCUGCAAGACUCCAGGAUGGUGGGGUUGUCUGGACGAGACCACUACAACGGAGCCACCAUCGACGACCACUUCGACAUCUACAUCAACCUGCAAGACGCCAGGCUGGUUUGGCUGUAAGGAUCCGACCACUACCUCGGACGCGACCAGCGCACCAACCAUCACGACCACCGAGCCCAUUUCAUCAACCACCACGUGCAAGCAUCCCGGCUGGUUUGCCACAGCCUCCAGGACGCCGCCUCCCGACACGACCUCCAAAUGUGGCAAGCCCGGCUUCUUCUGGGGUUGCUGGGACGCUCCGACUCCCCACGAACACCUGAUCACCCCUGCCCCUACUCUACCUUCCUAG